UUAAUCCCUACAUUUCGAGUACCAUCCAAGAUCGUGAUCGUUGGGUUGAGCUCGUAGCUUAAUUGGACGGUUGGGAUCGUGUUGAUUGUAGCUUAUCUUUCAGAAAAGAGCGGUUCAGAUCGAAGUUUAGUAGAAAAAAUGGCUGUAGUGACCAAUCUUACACCUGUAGUAAGCAAGCUCUUCUGUUCCUCCACCCAAGUAGAUUUCAUAGUUCGCAGUAGGCCCCAUGUCGUGAACGGUGGAGGUUUGGUGGUCACUGAUCGUAGCCAGAAGGUGGUCUUCAGGAUCGAUGGAUGUGGGACCAUUGGUUCCAAGGGAAAGCUGAUACUUCGAGACGGGGACGGCUCAACGUUGCUCUUCAUCCGACGAAAGGGUGGCACUGUUCAGGCGUUGAGCGUGUACAAGCAAUGGAAAGGGUACCAGAUGGACUAUGAAGGUGAAGAAAAGUUGGUUUUCUGUAUCAAAGAGCCAAACUCAUGGAUUGCAAGAACCAAUAAAAUCAGAGGUUGUAUUGAACCCAAGAAGCCAAAUGUGGACUGGGAUUUCGAAAUCAAGGGCUCUUUUGUCAACAGAGCUUGCAGCAUUAAUGACCGUCGAGGAAAUAUCGUGGCCCAGAUGAGUGCAUGGGAAGAGGCUGAGUCUCUGUCAAGCAAAGAUGUGUACCGUGUUCUGGUACAACCCGGCUUUGACCAGGCUUUCGUGUUUGGAGUCAUUGCCGUUUUGGACAACAUCCACGGCGAAUCCACCAGAUGCUAAAAAUCAAAGUUAGAAUAACGUAGUCCGUGAGACUACCGAAUGGGCCACGUUGAUUUGUGUAAGACCCAUGUCAAGGGGUAGGCCCCACCUUGGAUAGAUCAAAAGUGGUCCUACUUUUUCUGCAAAAAUAGAUCCUAGCCAUUGAAAAAUGGAGUUGAGUGCUAACUGGUGACCGUCAUUAGAUUUAAUUUGUACAUAGAUCGGAUGGAUACGAUCAUUCGUACAACUUUAUGGUGGGCCUAACUCUGGAUAUGUAUACGAUCAAGUACUCCGCGGACUAUAGUACUAAUGGAAAGAGAGAUUAUUCUUUAGAGUUUUAUGUAAAUAAGCAAAUCUCAUGUAUUAAGAAAGUGGAGAAAUUAUCUUAUAAAAAUAUUCUGCUUUUUAUGUA